AGAGAAGAGAAUACUACAGGACAGAGAAGAUCUGCGCGACAGUUCUGAGCGGAACCUAUCAUUUUAUAGUUUAAUUGAUAUUGACCGUAGCCUCCUUUAGUAGACAUUGUAUCAACAAGUUACAUUUAUGUUUUUUUUUAAUACACACUGCCAGUUAUUAACACGGGUAAAUCCGUUGAGUGAAUUAUGACACUAAUCUGAUACGGAGCAAGAUUGAACCGAACACCGUUACCCGUGCAGCAGACCAGACCGCUCUCCGUUGGAAAUAAACCACGAUAUAUUUGGUAAAAUCUUCAAAUCAAAUAGACUUGUGAAAUAAGAAACGGGGGAUCUCAUUUUCAUCUUGAAACGAGUUGAGGCGAGAGAUAAAAAGCUGCUCUAUUGUAAACUAAUCCUUGCCCUUCGGGCGUUUGAAUAGCCCAGGGCAAGAAUUCUACUAGCCCUCCUUUUAUUUAGAGACGGACUGGCUUUCUUCUCAUAAAACUCGACGGAUUCAUCAUAUCAGAAAAAGCAAGGCUCGGACAAAGACGGAUAUAAAGCAAACGACGACACAACUGACAUAAACAGAGAUAAAAUCGGAAGGGAGAAGAGUUUCCUAUGUCUUCUGGAUCCGUGUCCUCCCAGGAGGGAAGGAGUAUGUCCAGGAUGUCUAUGAGUCGUUCUCCAGUUUCUCCAAUGAAUGCCCAGGGCAUCCCAUCACCGGCCCAGCUGACUAAAGCCAAUGCCCCAGUCCACAUUGAUGUGGGAGGACACAUGUACACCAGCAGCCUGGGGACUCUCACUAAAUACCCAGAGUCUAGAAUCAGUCGUCUGUUUAAUGGAACAGAGCCGAUUGUACUGGACAGUUUGAAGCAGCACUACUUCAUCGACAGGGAUGGAGACAUAUUCAGAUACAUUCUCAGCUUCCUCAGGACCUGCAAACUACUGCUCCCAGAGGACUUCAAGGACUUCCCCCAGCUAUACGAGGAGGCUCGCUACUACCAGCUGACACCCAUGGUCCGCGAGCUGGAGCGCUGGCUGACAGAGCGGGAGGGCCAGAAGAGCCGGCCCUGCGAGUGCCUGGUGGUCCGAGUGACCCCUGACCUGGGUGAGAGAAUUGCCCUCAGCGGGGAGAAGGUGCUCAUUGAGGAGAUCUUCCCCGAGACCGGAGACGUCAUGUGUAACUCGGUGAACGCCGGCUGGAACCAGGACCCCACACAUGUUAUCCGUUUUCCGCUCAACGGCUACUGCAGGCUCAACUCAGUUCAGGUUCUGGAGAGGUUGUUCCAGAAGGGCUUCAGCAUGAGGGCGUCGUGUGGUGGCGGAGUUGACUCCUCCCAGUUCAGCGAGUACGUCUUGUGUCGCGAGCUCCACAGGGGUCAGUCCAUCGGCACCACCACCACUAUCCGGAUCAAACAGGAGCCUCUGGACUAGGUCAGGAGGAACAGAGGGACCCCUGAGAUAAGAUGUUCAACAACCCCAGUGCUCAUCUCCAGGUCCUAUCUACACAAAACACUGAAGGAGGACUCUUUAUGCUUGGGAAUAUCAUGUGCCAAUGGCAAUGUUUAUUGGGCAAGCGAGAUGUGAGAAGGUUGUGAUUCUAUUGAGACUCAAAUAGUCUAUGGAACUCUUUCUGCUGCCGUUUCCAAGGGAAACGGUCAGUCACCUCUGGACUAUUGACAACUAGCAGGAACAAGGAAAUAGCUCCAGUAAUAUGGUGCUCAGGUCCAGCUUAGGUUUCACUGGGGACUCCUGUUCAAGCCUAAGGAUGGGUCUACUGGUAUGCCAGAUGACCUCCAGUUCAGAGACAUUGUCUGCGUUUAUACUGGCAGCCCAAUUCUGAUAUUUGCCCAAUUAUUGAAAAAGAUUCGAUCUGAUUGGUCAAAAGACCAAUAAAUGUCAAAAGAUCAGAAUUGAGCUGCCUGUGUAAACACAGCCAAAAAUGGCCAUGUCCUGCUCUGCCACAGGAAGAACAUGGCUCUGUGUGUUUGCUGCAUUUCUUGACAACUUCCUACACUGUUCAAUCUGAAUAGGUUAUAUACUGUAUGUGUAGGUAUUUGUACAAUUAAAUGUUAAAUGGACAAUAUGGGGUCUUUUUAAAAAUAUAUAUCGCUUUCAUGAUAAAUAUAUUAGAGGAAAAUUUAGAUUUUGUAUGUGACAAUAUAGCGAUGAAGUGCACAUAAUUAAGAUUUUUUUAUAACUGCAAUUUCAAUUAAUAUUUAGGAUGUGUUUGCUUACGGUAAGUCAAAAUUUUCCAGUUGUGAAGUCGUAUUGACAAAAAGACAACUGUCUCUGACUGCUGUUCGUUUUGUAUAAGACCGUAAUCUCUAGAGGACAGACAAAUAGCUGGGACAUUUUGGUUCUGUGUUGCCGGGAUCAAUAAAACCACAAUAAGACAAACUCAACCUGGCACACACCAUCAAAGAAAUUAGGAUAUUUGUGCUUUUCAAUCACUUUCUUUAUUAUUGUUUUUUUUGCAAAGGUACAAACAAUACUAAAAUUGCAUCACCUGAAAUGCGUCAGGUUUGAAUGCACAGACAGUAGGAAAUAUAAAUAGUCACAAAAAUGUGUCCUUCAACACAUAAUACAGUAGCUGGGUUCUUAAGACCCAGACUCUAAACUUGAAUAUACAUACACCACAGCUUUAUUUCAUUUAUCAAUUAGAACUAUGCACUAUAUAAACAAAUGCAUGUUACAGUAAAAAAUACAUUUAAAGCAUUAAAAACCUUUAAUGGACAGUCAUUUCAAAGUCAAACUGAAAAAGGGCUUUUGACCCCCCAAAAAAUAAGGAAGCAGUAGUAUCCCAUUAGCAUUAUAAAAAAAUACUUGACAGAUCGCCGCGACAGAUUGACAUUUUGAUGUUGAUCAUCAGCAUUAAAAGUCAAUCACUCAAUAGAUAUUGUUAAGCGGUGCUGAAACUUCUGCAAGUGAUGGACUUUUCAGUUGAUUAAAAAGUUCCGGAUGGAAUUUCAGGUCUUGAGAAAACUAUAUAGGAAUGGUGCUCAAUAUUAUGACCACAUUGUUAAUUGUCAUCUUCAUUAAAAUUGUUGAUUAGCCUGAGUGAGUGUAUAAGAGAGCCAGCUCCCUGUGUUCUGUGAUGAGGUUGAAUCUGAAUAAGGAUACUUAUAUCUUUAAAUGGAUCCUGGUAAUUAAUCUAGAUUCACGUCUACAAUAGGAGAGAUUAGUUUAUGUUAUGAACCAUUGAAUAGAAUAUUAGAAUUGGCUCACAAUUUUUUAUAACACACACACAAAAAAAAUCUUAAGAUGUUUCACUCUUCUGCCAAUAGUAAUAGGAACCCUAAAGUACCAUUAUACCAGCCAAACCUGGGUCAAAUACUUGCAAGUAAUUAAGGUGGGCUUGAUUUAGCUUGGCGUUUGCAUUUAAAAAUUGUACUAUUCCAUGGGUUCUGUUGUACCAGGCAAUCUAAAUCGAGCUCAUAUUUCAUAUUUGAAAGUAUUGGAUCCAGGUCUGGAACUAGUAUGUAUACACGUUGUGUUUUAAUAGCAGGCAUCACAGUUCUUCCUGGUACAUUUAUCUGACCACUAUCAAAACAAUAGGAUUCUCUGCAACAUUCAUCUUAUGGUUUGGUAAAUUAAAAAGGUAGACUCAGAGAAAUGAUCUUGCCACGAGCAGCAGAUAUUGAGAUGAGCAAGAUGCAGUCAUACAGUAUCUGCUCCAUGUGCACGGGUUCGCUUCACGCUGUUCAAAGCGUGGGAGCCGAGGGACCAAAACAGUGGAGAAGUUGAGCCUCACGCGUCAACGCUCUUAGUUGUUGAGGAAAUUGACCCACUGCGGUUCACUUUCUGCAUCUAUGUCAUAUCGCUGAGUCUACCUUUAAAACAUGUUACAAUAUGAGUUGUUUUUUCCCCCCAAACUCAGUACUUGCCCAGAACAUAAUAUGCAAACAUUAU